UUUUUAUAUCUUUUUCCUUUGUUCAGAUACAACAUUUCUACUGGAGAUUAUCCACCGUUUAGCACAUUCGGUGACAAAAAUGAUGAUCCGUAAGUAUUUACAAUAUAUGGUCGAAACUGUGAGCUCUAACCAUGGCGUUACUUGCAAACAGACACAAUCUAAUGGCCAGUAGCAGAAAUCUGUGUUGUGACAAAUGUCACUUUCACGUAUAAAAAUAACAAUUUGUCUGAAGUCUUAGCAUGGAAGGCAAACAGCUGAUUUUGGUGCUAUACGGUAUGAGCUUUAUACGAAUUUUAGAAGGUCUUCACACAGAUAUUCAGUACGAUUUAGCCCUCACCAGAAAACGUGAAUUUUCGUCAUUCAUGACAACGGGAACACUAACAAAAGUAUCAUUGCAUCUAUGCAGUAGAUCAAAUAAUUUUGGCUUUCGCCAAACAAUGUAUAAUAAUAAUACGAUUUACUAGCUAAGAAACUGAAGAGAGAAUGCGUGCGAAUGGAUAAUGCUUUUAUCUGCGACUGUUCAUUCUUUGGCGCAAACGACAUUUCUAUCAAGUUUUAUUCUCAAAGAAAUUAUAAUUUUUUUUAUUUUUUACAAGGAAUAACGGUGUAAAAUCUCCAGGACAGAACAACCCAAAAGUAGAUGUUGGUGAUGUUCAAAUGCCAUUGCAACUUGCAAUCAACACAGCUCAAUUUGGACGUACUUUUCAGGAUCGAUCUCACUUAUUCAAGCUCAGGCCCAGGCCAAAAGGUGUAUUAGAUAAUGACGUCAUCUAUAAUCUGAACGUACGUGGAAAGCGAGGGAACAUCGUGCAAGCUUAUCCAGCGGUAGAAUACGACUAUAUCCCAAAACGAUUGAAUAUUACAAGCACAAAUUUUGUGCAUAUCCAGUGGACAGGUAAGUUUGGUUUAGACCCUACUAUUGAAAAUUUCUAUGGUGGGAAAGGGGUGUUCCAAUUUAUAAUUUUCCUCAUGUUUCUUGCAUUAAUUAAAACACACAAGUUUUCCUACAGACCUGGUGUGCAUGUAAGAAUCACGUUGGCAUGUAUCAAGCAAAUAUUUCAUUAAAGAGCUUUAUUUGACUUCGAAUUCAAUAUUUGUCAAUAAAGAGCUUAUAGGCAACCAACAGUUUCAUUACACAGACUUCAAGCGUGCAUAAUAUAGCGUGAUUAUAGCUAGGUAAUGGUUUGAGCAGUUCGUGUAUGAAAUCAUAAAGAACUUCUCUCGGUGUUUACUUCGCAUUAAUUUUCUACCGAUCACGUCACGAUGUACUUUGGAACCACUUUUUCUAAGCCAGCAAGUUAGCAGUUUCCAAAUAACAUUUGAUGCGACACUUGUGACUAGCGUACAGAUGGCGAAUUUUGUAUUCCUUUGCCGGUCAAGUCUACGCCAUUUUUACGCCAUGUACCGUCCAUAACGUGUACUACGAUUCCCUAAUGAGAUUAAACAAUUUCUGCGAAGCUCGUUUUGGGUCAUGCCAAUUAUAACCUGCGUUUCUUUUUCUGGUUGUCAAUUUCUAUACCACAUGGCUACAUGACGGUUAAAAAUUGCAUCGCAUAUCCGACGCGUUAUUAAUUAAGAUUACCCUACAAUAGACAUAGUGAGAUGUAUUAUUAUCUUAAAAAGACCGUCUUUUUUCUUUAAAGGAUCAAAUACCAAUCCUAGGAAUUUUGCCGGGCAAGGAACUGCAGGUA